AUGGUGCUGGGAAACCUCUCCUCCUUGUCAGAACUGUCGUCAGAGGGAAAAAGUGGUGCCUUUUUCUACUACACUGCUGAUGGGAAAUAUAUGAUGAAGACUGUGACGCACAAGGAGCAGACGCUGCUGAAGAAGAUGCUUAAACCGUAUCAUGAUCACAUCAUGCAGAAUCCUGGCACUUUGCUCGUGAGAUUCUUGGGGCUGCAUUGCCUCAGCGUCCGCAAAGACAGAAAGCAUGGAAAGGGCUCCGCAGUACAAAAAGUGUACUUUGUGGUCAUGAACAAUAUGUUCAACACACCCUUCGAAAUCCAUCGCCGUUAUGACCUGAAAGGUUCCUGGGUUGGACGUGUGACCAAAGAGGAGGUUGAUCCAAGCGUCGCCUUAAAGGAUGUGGACUUCACUUCCGCAAACGAAAAAAUUGCAGUUGGCGACGAGCGCAAAGCAAAGCUCGUUGCACAGAUAGAGAAGGACAGUACAUUCCUAAGGGACAACAAUGUCAUCGACUACUCCCUAUUACUUGGGAUUUACAAGCUAGGAAGCUGUGAAGAUGGAGGCGUAGGACAUGACAUGAAGGUGCACGAACCUGUCACGGACAAGUCAAGCGAUAUUCGAGGUGUGCCCAAGACGUUGGUUCCAGGCCAAGACCCUGAAACCUGCCUGGGGUUGAAGGGCGCAGCUGCCGGGACUGCGGAUAUAGUUGUGAGACAGUCUCUGUCAGAAGACGGAGCCCACGAGGUACCCUUUCACCAGGGCCACAUGGGAGGCAUGCUGUCUUCUGACCAGAAGGUGCUUUACUUUGUGGGCAUCAUUGACAUCCUCACGCCCUAUGAUGGCCGGAAACAUUUGGAACAUUGGUUCAAGGCCCUGCGCUAUGACAGCAGAGGCGUUUCUUGCUGCCCUCCGGCUAUGUACUCUGAGCGCUUCAAUCAGUUCAUGAGAAAUGCGAUUGUUUGA